ACUUGAGAGGCUGGUUUUCAAAUCCCGGGGACACGCUCUUCUCCUAAUAUGUCUCUGGACGUUGGGUUGUUUUCCGUUUUGGAAAAAAGUCUUUCCUUAGAAAAGUCGGAGCUCGAAGCGGCUCAGCACUUUCUCGAGGAAGCAGCCAAAGUAGACCUUUUUGGUUUGCUCAGACAACUCAGUGAUGUUUUGGUUAACGUUGAGUGUUCUCCUCCUGUACGUAUGCAAGCUGGCAUUCAGCUAAAAAACGCCCUAUACUCCAAAGACCCGGCGCUCAAAACACUUUAUCAACAACGAUGGUUACAGGCUCCAGUGGAGUCACGGGAGUAUAUAAAAAAAAACUGUCUUGCCGCCUUAGGAACAGAAACUACGACACAUAGUUCUGCUGCACAAUGUGUGGCUUACAUUGCAUGUGCAGAAAUUCCUGCACUGCAGUGGCCAGAUCUGAUGGAGCGAUUGGUGGAAAACGUGAUCACACCAAACAAAACAGAAGCAUGCAAGCGUUCAACAUUAGAAGGAAUAGGAUACAUUUGCCAAGAUAUAGAUCCUUGUAUUUUAGCUAGCCAGUCAAACGCUAUUUUAACUGCCAUAGUUUGCGGUAUGAAAAAAGAAGAACCAAGUGAUAGCGUACGUUUAGCAGCGACAAAUGCACUUCUGAAUUCUUUGGAGUUUACAAAACACAAUUUCGAUGUUGAUAAUGAGCGGAACUACAUUAUGCAAGUUGUUUGCGAAUCAACUCAGUCGCCAAAUCCUCAAAUCCGUGUUGCAGCUCUUCAGUGUUUAGUAAAAAUAAUGUCCCUUUACUAUAGUUAUAUGGAGCCGUAUAUGAAACAAGCGUUAUUUGCCAUUACGUUGGGAGCUAUGAAAGAUUCUGUACCGGAAGUCGCUCUUCAGGGAAUCGAGUUCUGGUCUACAGUUUGUGAUGAAGAGAUCGACUUAGCUAUUGACGUUGCCGAGUGCUUUGAGAAAGGUCAACCUCCAGCGGUUUCUAGCAUGUUUUAUGCCAAGGGAGCCCUGCAAUUUAUUGUACCAAUCCUGAUGGAAAUUCUUGCCCAGCAGGAUGAAUCAAUGGAUGACGACGAGUGGAAUCCAAGUAAAGCUUCUGGUGUGUGUUUAAUGCUGCUGGCACAAUGUUGCGAAGAUCCGAUUGUCAAUCUUGUCAUACCAUUUGUAAAGGAGAAUAUUAAGAAACCUGACUGGCGCUACAGAGAUGCUGCCGUCAUGAGCUUCGGCAGUAUUCUUGAAGGUCCAGAUCCUGCAGCACUCAAGCCCCUAGUAGAGUCUGCUAUGCCUGUAAUAAUCGAAUUGUUGCGUGACGAGUCACCAGCUGUUCGCGAUACAGUUGCAUGGACUAUCGGACGUGUUUGUGAAACCCUUCCAGAAGUUGCUCUACACGAAGCAUAUUUGGUUCCUUUGUUGACCGGAUUAGUUGAAGGAUUGUCCAGUGAACCAAGAGUUGCUGCUAACAUUUGUUGGGCAUUUUCUAGUCUGGCUGAAAGUGCUUAUGAUGCCGCCUCAGAAAAUUCCGGUCAUAAUGGGGAACCAAGGACCUAUAUACUAUCUCAAUACUUCAAUGUGAUCACAGAACGUCUACUAGCAACUUCUAGUCGACCAGAUGGUGGACAGCAUAAUCUUCGUAAUGCAGCGUACUCAGCCUUGAUGGCGCUUAUGCGAUCUGCAGCUCAAGAUUGUUAUUGUGAAGUACAACGUGUAACACUGAUUGUUCUUGAACGGCUAGAGUCAAUCAUUGGUUUGGAACAUCAAAUUGUUUCACAUCAAGAUAGAGCACAAUUUAACGAUCUACAGUCACUUUUAUGCGGCACUUUACAAUCUGUUUUGAGAAAGAUAAGUAAAGAGGAUGCACCUGUAAUAUCAGAUAAGGUAAUGUUAGCCCUCAUGUCCAUGUUCCGAACCACUACUACACCGGCUGCUGAAGGCUCUGGUGACCAAUCUGUGAUCAACGGUGAAACAGAUAAAACUAAAUUCAGUGAUGGUGUGCAAGAAGAUGCAUUACUUGCAGUAUCUGCGCUUGUUGAAGCUGUUGGAGAGUCGUUUGUCAAAUAUGUGAAUGAUUUCAUGCCAAUUUUGGUAAUUUGUUUACGAAAUCAUAGAGAAACACAAGUUUGUAUGAAUGCAGUUGGACUGUUAGGGGAUAUGUGUCGUGUUUUGAACAAGAACUUACUCCCACACUGUGAUGGUCUUAUCACCAUUCUGAUGGAAAUUUUACAAGAUAUAAAUGCACACAAAUCUCUUCGUCCUGCUAUUUUGUCUACUUUUGGUGAUCUCUCUUUGGCUUUGGGUUCAGAGUUCUGGAAAUAUCUUCCUAUUGUCUUAGAAACAUUGAGUCAAGCCACACAAGCUGAAGUCAAUUUAGAGGAUCCUGAUAUGGUUGAAUAUCUCAAUUCCUUGCGUACUAGUUGUUUGGAGGCUUAUACCGGUAUUAUCCAAGGUCUUAAGGGAGAUGGACCACGUAAGUUGUUUAUAAUACAUGAUGCUGAAUUGUUUCCAGAAAAAAAUAUUUUGGAAUAGUAAAUGGCAUUUCUUUAAUGGGUUUUUAAUUUAUCUCUCAUUUUAGAAUCUACUGCAGCUUUGGAAUUUGUCGCUGGUCAUGUAUCUCACAUAUUGUCAUUUAUCCAACAUAUUGGAGCAGAUUCAAUCACAACUGAAGAUCUUAUAUCUGCUUCAUGUGGACUGAUCGGUGAUCUUGUAUCUGCUUAUGGUAGUAGUAUUUUAUCACUUGUGGAAGUUGAUGGAAUCGCUUCUGUUUUACAAAGAGGCAGACGUGCUAAAGCAUCUCGAACUAAAAAUUUAGCAGUUUGGGCUACAAAAGAAAUUAGGAAAUUAAAAAAUACAACUAAUUCAACAACUUCUGUUUCCAAUUCAAGUUUAUCUCAUACAGCUACAACUAUUCAAGCUUCUCCUUCAGGAUAAAAAAAAUGUUCAGUUCAAACGACCCUCUAUUUCCAUUGAACAGCUUAUCCUAUGAUUUGUACAUUCUGCGAAAAUAAAAAAAGAAACACUACCUUUUAAUUGUCUUUUUCUUAUUGAUAUGCUUCUUUCUGUCACAAAUGCACACAUAUAUUACAAAGAGUUUCCCAAAUUCUGUCUUUUAUAAUCAAAUAUAUACAUACUAUUAUCAAUU